GCAGCUCCUUCCAGCUCAUACAUACCCCAAAUUCUGGUAGCAGAGGAGAGCUGUGCAGAGAAAGCCCCAGUCAGCUGCAGCAGAUGCUGCUGACAACCAUUGCGAGCCUGUGGAGUGCACGUGCAAACCCGCUGUGUGACUCCUGACUUCAGAUGGACCUCCUGAACAACAGUGAAACCCUUUGGCAGUGGCAAGACAAGUAGCUUGUGAGCUGCUGCAGCAUUGUGACUACAGCCAUCCCAGUUUGGCAGAUGUGGUGGUGGAGCCACCAGUGUCUGGAUGAAACUGAAAUCAGAAAGAUACCCGUGUAGCAAAAGCAGGAUUCUUGGCGCCAUCCUGGCUAAAUUCUCAUGUGAUUAACUGGCUUUUACUGCUCUGUCUUCUUUCUGUUUCUUCCCAGACCUUCUGUCUGGUGCAGUGUAUGGUGCUGGAGCAUGGCUCUUCACAUCCCUCUCAUCAGUGACUGCCUCUCAGUAUCAACAAGAAAACACAGGACCCUGUGACCUUGUUACUCUUGCAGCUAAAAGUGUGCCUGCACUUCUCUGACACAUCUGUCAGUCAGGAGCAGAGAGGACAGCACUGUGAGGCCACAUUUUUCCACGUGUUCUCUGAUAACCAAUGUCUUGCACUUAAAUCCAGAGAGGGUAACUUCUCAGGAAAUGUGGAUGGUAAAGAAAUGCAGCUACUGCUGAGCCUUGCACAGGAAAUCCUUGCAGCUCUUGCUGUGAUGCAUGGAAGGGUAUAAGGCAGUUGAGCAUUUUCCAGCGUGCCCCAGAUAUGCUGCAGGUGGACACCCAAGGGCAACAGGAUUUAAACUAUCCUGACAAUGGGAAUUCCAGGAGCUUUUUAAAGGUGCCUUUGGGGAGAGACAUCACAAGGCUCAAACAAGACAUGCUAGAGAAGACGCCAAGAUGGGAAGGAAGGGAGGAGCAGAAGAAAAUGAUAGAACCAGUUGCCAGGGUGGGAGAAGCCAGGGAGAAUGUGACUGUGAAACCAGCCCCUGAGUUGGAGGGAAUCAAGAAGACAACAGUGAAAAUAGUCCUGAGGAUGCAGGAAAACAAUGUGAAAAGAACAGUGAGACCAGCCCCAGGGAUGGAAGAAGCCAAGGAAAAGAUGACAGUGAAACCACUUCCCAGCAUGGAGGGAGCCAAGGAGAAGGCAACAGUGAAACUAUCCUCUGGGGUGAAGGGAGCUCAGCAAAACAACACAUCCAACGACCAAACAAUGUCAAAAGAGCCCCCUGCAUCAGUGGAAACUGUAAGACCCGUUCCUCAGGCUGCUGCACUGAAAGAGAAGAAGCAGCUGAGGGCUGCUGACUUCAAGUCAGAGCCACGGUGGGAUUUUGAGGACCAGUACCUGCUGGACAACUCAUCUCCACCAUGGACCUGCUCUGAAUCAGUGAAGGCCAAAGCUGCCAAGUCUGACUGGCUGCGAGGUCUCUUCCUGCCCAACAUCAUGCUCUUCACAGACAAGAGAUACUUCAGUGACAGUGAAUGGGACCGCCUGGAGCAUUUUGCACCUCCCUAUGGCUUCAUGGAGCUGAAUUAUUCAUUGGUGAAGGAGGUGAUGUCCCUGCUGCCCCCAAAUCCCCACCAGCAGCUGCUCCUGGCCAACAGCACCAGCAGCAAGCCAACAUGCAUCAGCUGUGCUGUUGUGGGGAACGGAGGAAUACUGAAUAACUCUGGGAUGGGCCAGGAGAUUGACUCCCAUCACUACGUCUUCCGGGUGAGUGGGGCUGUCAUCAAAGGUUACGAAAAAGAUGUGGGAACAAAAACCUCCUUUUAUGGAUUCACAGCCUACUCCCUGGUGUCCUCUCUCCAGAUCUUGGGACACAGAGGCUUCAGCAACAUCCCACAGGGAAAACAUGUCAGAUACAUUCACUUCCUGGAGGGAGCUAGAGACUACGAGUGGCUGAAGGCUCUUCUGCUGAACAAGAACAUCAGGAAAGGAUUCUUGAACCACUACGGGCAGAGGCCCCGGGAGAGAUUUGAGGAAGGUUUCACGAUGGACAGAUACCUGGUGGUUCACCCUGAUUUCCUCAGAUACAUGAAGAACAGGUUUCUGAAAUCUAAAACACUGGAAAAGCCCUACUGGAGGCUCUACAGACCCACAACAGGGGCCUUCCUGCUGCUGACUGCCCUCCACCUCUGUGAUCAGGUGAGUGCCUAUGGCUACAUCACGGAGGGGCACGAGAAGUACUCGGAUCACUACUAUGACACGGACUGGAAACGUCUGGUUUUCUACACCAACCACGACUUCAACCUGGAGAAGGAGGUGUGGAAAAAGCUUCACGAUGAGAACAUCAUGAAGCUUUACCAGAGAUCCUGAUUGUGUGGGUAAGGGCCAUUGCCUGGGGAAUCUUUCCACCUCUCUGGGAAUAGAAGAGGACCACCAGAGCCAAGGUUAGGUCUGGGCUUCCAGGCACAUUUCAUGCCCACAAAGGUACUUGUCUCCUUCAGCACCUCUGUUCUCUCAGUGCUGCUACAAAUGAGCAAAUGCUGCAGACCAGGAGAACAGCAAGAAAAUGCAGCACGCCACCAAAGAAAUCCCAGCUGGCUGUGCUGCAGGACUGUUGCU